UAGAUAUAAUCUCUAAUGUUCAGCUGUUACCAUAAGCGACAAGAUAUUUGUCACAAUCAUAGAUUUAUACCAGACUGCACGUUUACAACUUCUCAGGAAUCACUAUAAGACAGUGUUAAGACGGGUGUUCGAGGAAAGACGAAGUCAUCUUGACCUAGCGGUGGGACACGCAACAAACUCAUUCAGUGGCAAGCCGAUUGUGAACUUGAAAGCAAGGACAAUUUGUACAACACAUAAGGGGGGAUUGCACGGAACAACAUGUUUGUAACUGGUACGUCAAAUUAGGAAAUACCGUCAAGACGUCAACAUCACCUUUUGAAAUGUCCACCCAGGUCCCGAAUGCCCACACCCCGACCACCCGAAGGACGCAUUCCGAAAUGCUGAAUCGCAGAAACGUUAGACGAAGGGACAUUGCCAUGACAUCAACAGCUAACAAAACCUACCAGACCUUCAAUGAGGACGAGAAAGAGUCGAACGAAGCUCAUGAGAAUGGAGUCAAGAGACCCAGUGGAGAACUGCGGGAACGAGAAGACAUCUUUUUGUGGUCCGGCGGUAUCGCCUUCAUCGUCAUCUUAAUCGGCAUCAUCUUCGGCAUAGGCCACGCCAGGCACUGGGAUGCGCAGUCUGGCCACACGCACAACACUAGCGCCACCUCGCGGGAUAGGUUCCUCCCAGAACCUUUUGAGCCGGAGCCAGGCGUAAAGGGGAGGUAUGGCGUUGAGCCUGACUCCCGGUGGUACUACUGGAAGCUCCCCCCGGACCAAGUGACCUCCUACACACGGCUGUUUGCCUGGCUCUGCUACAUCGGACACCAGGUGUUGGCUUGGACUGUCCUGUACAUCGCCCAACACCACAAGGCACACGUGACGACGUCUCAGCGUUACAGCACUCGACUGACCAAGUGGAACUAUAUUUCCUUCGGUCUGCAUGUAUUCUUCCAUCUUCUACAUCUUGCGCAGACGCACACGACUUAUGACGCUCUGGCGUCGGAUGUGUCCAUUGCCAGUUCUCAAAGCUCCGUCAUCAUGAUUCUGGUGUUCAUCAUGCUGAUCGAGUACCGUGACCGGGGCAUCGUCUUCCUGUGGCCCACAGACCUUCAACAGGACAAGAUCAGCAGGAAACUCCGUCUUGAUCAAGCGGCAUUCUCCUUCAUCAGGCGUUACCAUGGUUACGCCUUUGCUUGGGGCGCCAUCUAUACAUUUUGGUACCACCCGAUGGAAAAUACGUGGGGACAUGCCUUGGGAUUCUUCCAUACUUGGAUUAUAAUGCUGCAAGGAAGUUUGAUCUACACGAACUUUCAUCUGAACAAAUACUGGCGGCUACUUCUGGAAACCUGGGUAACAGUACACGGCACCGUUGUCGCCAUACAGACCGGGGGACCGGAUCUCCUUGGCACCAAGUUGUGGCCAAUGUUCUGCUUUGGCUUCUCACUUCUCAUUGUAGUGUCACAGAUAUUUUCGUUUGCCGUUCUGGCGGAAGAUUCAUGCUGCUUUUCGAGUUAUCCCCCUUGCCAUCUAUAUCGGCGUCAUCCUGUACAUGUACAGUUGGAUCCCAGACGCCCAAGGUCGCACGUUCGUCAGGCUCCAGGAGGUCGUCCGGAUUCCCGCCGUUUAUUAUCUUGGUUUCCUGUACGCGUGGAUGCUGUUCUUUGCGUUUCAUCAUUUGGAAAAGAAACUGGGCGGCAAGAAGUCGAACCCGUCGACUUUGAGGAAGGCACUCGGUCUCAUUUUUUCUGUCGCCAUGUUCAGCAUUUUCCUUGGGAUUAGUGUCUGUCUUCAGUGGUUUGACGUGCAACAGGCGUUAACUAUUAUGAUGAUUAUACUUGUGUUUGUGUUCGUUACUGGUGUGUGUCUGGUCUGUGUGGCCAUCAACCAGACCCUGCCUAGCGUUCAAGUGACGAGAGACAAGAAUGGAAGUAAUAACAAGACACCCGGUGGUGAAACAUUAGCCGAACAGAAUGGCGUUUCUAGCAAAGCCAUACACCGUCUGUGAUAUGCAGGUGACUGUUUUAUGAUGACAGCGUUAUACACAAGCUGUGAUAUUAUUGUAAUCAGGUCGUUGUAUACUAACAACGUUACGUAUAGGCUGUGAUAAUCUGCUAAUCGUAUGCUAACAGUGUUACAAACCGGCUGUUAUAAUCAGGCCAGUGUAUGCUAACAACGUUACACAUGGGCUGUGAUAAUCUGCUAAUUGUAUGCUAACAGUGUUACAAACCGGCUGUGAUAAUCAGGCCAGUGUAUGCUAACAACGUUACACAUGGGCCGUCAUAAUGUUAUAAUCAGGCUAAUUGUAUGCUAACAGUGUUACAAACCGGCUGUGGUAAUCAGGCCAUUGUAUGCUAACAACGUUACACAUGGUCGUGAAAAUCAGUUCAAUGUAUGCUAACAAUGUUGCAAGCAGUGAUGAUCAGGCCACUGUAUGCUAACAACUUUAUAUCGGCUAUGAUCAACACGUUCUUGUCUGCAAACAAUUUCACCCAUCCUUUGUAAUUUGAAGGCAUUUUUUUUAUCUACGCCUGUGCUGUAGAUAUUUUCAGUUGAAUACCUGAUGGUCAAAUGUUUGAUUAUAUAUACUUUGCAUGUAAAAUGACUGAAAGGAAGCUGUACACUCAAAUGGCACGUUUCCUUAUAUGAACAACAUUCGUUAGAAUUAGUAUAAUAUCAAUUAUAGAACUAUAUAUACACUCAUUAUGUUUUUACAUUGAAAGUAGAAAGCUCCAAUAUAAGUGUUGAAAUAUAAUGCCAUUAUAUAUAGGCCUUUGUUUUCCACGCCAAACAGAUCCGAGUGACCCUCCACAGAUUAUGACGUAAUUGGUGCCAAGUCAGACUGGUCUCCUGUCUUGUCCCAACACAAAAGAUAUCCACAGUGUAAUUAAUUGCGUAAAAAAAUGAAAAUAUGAGAAAAACUUGCCUUAUAUUUGAAACAUUAUGCUGUGGGACAGUGUAAGUGUGUGUUGUAUUAUAAUAAACCUUCACCUUAUGGAAAAUACCAUAUGUGUAAAAAAUAACUCGAACUAUGCCAUGACUACUUGUAACCCACUUUCACAAAAGAGGACUAGGCGUACUUUUACGAGGGGAAUUUCGUUGUUUCAGGGAUCUUGUGAAUAAAUGUGACAUGUUUUUUA